CCGAUCCCUCCACCAUCGACCUGUGUCGGACAGCAUGUCUGACCCAGCUUUCAUUCCGUCACUCUCCUUACAGCUCGGUAAUACGCUCGGUGCCAUAACAAUCUGUGCGCGAGCGCCGUUUCUCGUCCGGUACUGGCGUGUGUUGACUCAUUGGACAGCUGAAAUUCUGGCAGCAGUACUAUAUGGUAUCGCCAGUGUGCAAGUGUACAUAUACUUCCACCGCAGCCCUCAUGAUACUCUCUUCUUGAAGCGAACUAUACUCUUUCUGUGGAUUCUUGACACUGUCUAUCUCGCGUUAAUUUCGCACACUAUUUAUUAUUAUGCCGUAACGAAUUUUAUGAACCCUCUUGCCUUAGAGUUUUGUCCAUGGAGCCUCGCAGCCGACUUGCCUGUAGGAGAGCUGAUUGAGGUCACAGUGACUUCUGUCUUCGCAUACAAGAUUUACAAACUCAGCGGAAAUAUACGGCCACUUAUGUUCAUUGCGCCACCCCAGCUCCUUAGCUUCUUCAGUGCCUGUGCUCUUAGUGCAAUCCUCUUCAAGUUUCCUAACUACCAGGAAUUUAAUCAGCGAUUUGACUGGAUUUGGUAUACCGUGUUCGGCCUCCAAGCCUUCACUGACUGCGCCAUCGCGGUUGCGCUCUGUGUACUGCUCAUUCGGCAGCGUACGGGUUUCAGACGGACUAAUUCGCUUAUACGCCUACUCGUUAUCUACAGCAUCAACACAUGUGCGCUAACCAGCUCCGUCUCCUUUGCAACCGUUAUCACGCAAGCCGCUGCGCCCAAAGAUUUCAUAACCCUCGCAUGCGCCAUGGUGCUACCGUUGUUGAUGACAAACUCCCUACUCGCGCUGCUCAACUCGCGCGACAUGCUACGCGACAUGCACGCCGGACAAGUCUUGUCCGUCCACCUUUCGAACCUUAGGGGCGCCUCUCAUCGCUUGGACCACUCAGACGACGCUCAAGUGGCGCACAUUUCCCGCGAAUACACCAAAAAUCAGGGUGUUCUCGACGUCUCGGCUCGCAUCCCUGACGCUUCGUUCGACGUGGAGUCCCAAUUUUCUCGAGGGGCCGCAGCGAAUCCUGCACAAGAAUUAAUCUCAUGAAAAUCUUGCCGCUCACCGUUCAGUAGCAAUCUGCUUCGGGGAGAGCCUCCGAAUAUGACCAUGACAUGACGGAUCAGUUAUAGCUCAUAGCAAACGGCAUAAUAUUGUGUUUCAAGUAAUUGAUGAAUUUACGACGUAUUCAA